UCACCAAUUUGUCCCUGUGAAUAUAGUGGGUUGGUGUGAACGGCUCAUACUUGAAUCCCCCUCUGUGAACAAGGGCAGAAGCACAAAGGUGCCAAAAAAAAAAAAAACAGAGUCUGAGAGAGUUUUUUGGAAAUGAAGGAAGUGCAUCGGCUUCUACUGGUGGCUGUGGCCUGGUGGUUGCGACAAGGCGGCGCUCCCACCGUGGCUGGAGACUGUGCACACGCGUGUGGUGGCGUGACCGUACCUUAUCCGUUCGGGCUCGAACCCCAAUGUGCGAGUUCCAUGGAGUUUUUGCUCAAUUGCACUACCACCAACGGGAGCCAUGCUCAACUACUGUUAGAGAAUAUUCCGAUACGCAAGAUCUCGGUCGGGGACUCGACCAUGGUCGUUAGCCUCCCCGAACUAUACGACUGCUACAAGAUGAAUGCCCAGCCAGCAAACACAAGCGAUAAUCUGGUCAUCGAUCUAUCUUCAUAUCCCCAGUACAGAUUGUCGGACACCCGGAACAACCUCACUGUCCUCGGCUGCGACACCUACGCGCUCAUGUCCGACAAAGAUAGGAUGUUCCGCAGCGGCUGCAUCUCCUACUGCAGCGACCAGGUCGACUUCGUUAAGGAGACCACUUGCUCCGGUCACGGUUGCUGUCAAGCAUCCAUUCCCAAGGGGCUCAAGACGCUCCGCAUAAGCCUCUCCUCCAUCGACGGACACGUGUCGGUCUCACAAUUCAACCCCUGUGGACUGGCCUUCGUGGUGGACAAAAUGUCAUUCAAUAUCUCCAACAGGACACUCCCGAGCAUCAAGGAUUUGGGCAAGAGGGCGGACCUUGUUCUGGACUGGAUGGUCGGAUGGGACGUGACUUGCGAACAGGCCAAGUUGAACCAGUCGAGCUAUACCUGUAGCAACAACACUUACUGCCAUGACUUCGCCAAUGGAUCAGGUUAUCGUUGCUUUUGCAAGGCUGGGUACGAGGGGAAUCCCUAUGAUCGCAUCCACGGGUGUCAAGACAUCAAUGAGUGCAAGGACCUACACAAAUACCCAUGUCGUGGAAAGUGCCAGAAUCAGCCUGGGAACUACACAUGCGACGGCGACGACCGCCAAAAUGAUCGUCCCGCCAUAGCUGUUGCAGUGAUUCUUGCGCCCGUCUUCUGCAUAACUAUUGUUGCUUUAGUCUCGGUCACAUGGAAGUGGAGAAUCAAAAGGAUAAACUUCAGACAAAAUGGAGGAGAGCUCUUGAAAUGCCAUAGAGUUCGUAUCUUUACGAAGGCAAAGCUGGCAAAAGCAACCAACAACUAUGAUGAUAGCAAUAAGCUCGGCGAGGGCGGUUUCGGUUCCGUCUAUAGAGGGAGAAUAGCGGGGGACACCGAGGUCGUGGUCAAAAAGCCUAAAGAUGGGUACAAGUCUCUAAUAAAGAGGGGAUUCCAGCAUGAACUUAAAACUGUGAUGCAAGUAAACCACAAAAAUGUGGUGGAGCUCCAUGGCAUAUGUUUGGAGACUAGAAUACCAUUACUGGUUUAUGAAUACAUUUCGAAUGGUACCCUCUUCCAACACAUCCAUUUGAAUGCAUCAACCAUCUUGAGAUUGUGGAAAAACCGGCUCAGAAUAGCCGCUGAAGCUGCUCUUGCACUCAAGUAUAUGCAUUCCUACGCAAUCAUUCAUGGCAACAUCAAAUCAGCGAACAUACUUCUGGAUCAAAAUUACUCGGUGAAAGUCUCUGAUUUUGGAACUUCGGUACUUAUAUCACCUGAGCAUAGUCAUAUCGUAGCCACUGAAAUAGAAGGAACAUUGGGCUACAUCGAUCCGGAAUAUUUAACCACUGGUAAGCUAACAAUUAAGAGUGAUGUAUACAGCUUUGGAGUUGUCCUCAUGGAGUUGCUCACGGGAAAGAAGCCUACAAGUUCUAUUACUAAGUCUGGAGAGCCAAUCAAUAUCAUCCCUUGUUUCAUCUCUUCCGUAAAGGACAAGACACUCUCCGAUGUCAUAAACUUCGAGGCCGCUAGUAAAGAUGAAAUGGAGAGAGCAGGAAGGGUUGCUGAGAUUGCAGUGAAGUGCUUGGACCAAAGCAGUAGGAAGAGGCCGGCAAUGAGGGAAGUGGCUCAGCAACUCGCCACAAUUAACCCGAGCUCGACAGUUGAAAAUGAAGAGACCGAACUCGAAGCGGAUGUAGAAAAUCUCUUUUCCCUCGAGACUUCAAUUACUGGCGAGGAGAGCCAACAGGGGACGUCAAGCUGUCUUUCCUGUCUGGGAAUGGAUUCCGCAUGUUCCUGCAUCUGAUCCUUAUUACUAUAGUAACAUGUCUAGUAAUUGCCCAUAGGGACUUCUAGGGAUGAUUGUGUACUGAAUAAAUGUUAUGUUUGCCAUUUGCUUUGGACUUAUAUUUGUGCAAGCAUUUGUGCUAGUUUAAGUGUGAGAAUCUAAUAUAAUAUAUGUUGUGCUAGUUUAAGUGUGAGAAUUUAAUAUAAUA